AUUCUCAAAUCUUACUUCCAAAGCAAAGAAUAGCCACGUAUGCGUCAACGGUCAAACACUUCAGUUUGCACAGCGUUUCGUGGCAAAAUGAAAAAAAUUCGAGAGAUAAAGAAAUUCGAAACGCCUUAAAUUCCCCAACCGGCCACCGUAGCAGGAGAAAUUUCCUCGGUAUUAUUGAACAAGCCGCCGACAUCUUCAAGUCGUUCCACUUCUACGUAUUAAGAACAUCCAACUUGACUCUCUGCUGAAAAAUUCGCAAUGGACCUCCGAGAAUCGAUUAGAAACCAAAACGACGUCUCGUUGAGCAUCACCAAGAGUCUUCUGCUUACUGAAGGCAAGGACUCCAAUCUGGUAUACUCGCCCUUGUCCCUCCAUGUGGUUCUGAGCCUGAUCGCCGCUGGCUCCAGUGGGCCCACCCUCGACCAGCUGCUCUCCUUCCUCAAGUCCAAGUCCAGCGACCAACUCAACUCCUUCGCUUCGGAGCUCGUCGGCAUCGUAUUUACCGACGGGAGUCCCAGUGGUGGGCCCCGUUUGACGUUUGCCAAUGGUGUUUGGGUCGACAAGUCUCUUCCUCUCAAACCUUCUUUCGAACACGUUGUGGACACUGCUUACAAGGCCGCUUUGAACCAAGCUGAUUUCCAAAAAAAGGCUCCUGAAGUGAUCCAUGAAGUGAAUUCAUGGGCUGAGAAAGAGACUAGCGGCCUUAUCAAAGAAGUUCUUCCAGAUGGUUCAGUUGACAGCACAACCAAGCUCAUCUUUGCAAAUGCAUUAUACUUCAAAGGAGCAUGGAAUGAACCAUUUAAUGCAUCAAGCACAAAAGACCAUGACUUCCACCUUCUCAAUGGCAGCACCGUCAAGGCACCCUUCAUGACCAGCAAAAAGAAGCAGGUUCUUGGUGCCUUUGAUGGUUUCAAAGUCCUAAAGCUUCCUUACAAACAAGGUGAGGACAAGCGUAGUUUCUCAAUGUAUUUCUUUCUUCCAGAUGCUAAAGAUGGGCUACCAGCUCUGGUUGAGAAAUUGGGUUCUGAAUCUGGGCUCGUAGAACGUUAUCUUCCAUAUGAACAUGUUGAAGUGGGUGACUUCAGGAUUCCGAGGUUUAAAAUUUCAUUCGGUUUUGAAGCCUCCAAAACCCUGAAGGGUUUAGGACUGGUAUUGCCUUUCGGUGGAGAUGGAGGUCUGACAGAGAUGGUGGACUCCCCUCUUGGUAAAAACCUAUAUGUUUCAAGUAUAUUCCAUAAGACAUUCAUUGAAGUUAAUGAAGAAGGCACAGAAGCUGCAGCUGCUACUGCCGGUGUUAUAAAAUUGAGGGCUCUGAUGAUAUCUGAGAAGAUCGACUUUGUUGCUGACCAUCCAUUCGUGUUUGUGAUUAGAGAAGACAUGACUGGGACAAUUCUGUUCACAGGCCAUGUGAUUGAUCCCCUUGCAGGCUGAUAGUAUCUACUUGUCGCAUAAAAUUUAUAAGUAUAAUAAGGCUUAUAACCUAUAUAGAUUAUCCUUUUCGCAAGUCAUAAUAUAUAUAUAUACUAUUCAUGUGCUGUAUUUUGCUAUUACUGAAAGGCAAUGUUUAAUAUGAGUUUCCAACUUAUUGUAUUGAGUGCCGUAUGGUAAUGUGCCUUUCAUUCUUUUGGUGUUA